AUGUUUGGGCACGCCUGCGAUGAGCCGAUUGCUCUUGUAGCAGCGCAUCCAUGUGAUUCUCUUUUCUUAGUAUGUACAUAUAAGAUUAAUUUAACUUUGUUAGAUCUUUCAAAGAACCGUUCUCUUCGUACAUUUGGAAUCAAUACAGCUAACCUCAACAAGGAACAAUUACAAAUCGUCAAAUCCAGUCCAAUCGGAUUAUUCUUCAUUGAUAAUUUAACCUGCAGAACACUUCAUUCAAUGAUCUCAUCAACAAUUCAAAAUCUUCCAUCUGAUAAAUUCAUCGCUGUUGUAUUUCCUAAAGGCAUGUUUACUUUUGAUUACACAUGCAUUGAUUCUAAGUUCAUUCCAUUCGAUAAUAUUACAGCCACUUACGCUGCUCAAGCACCAGAUGCAAUUAUUUUGUGCGAUCAAUCAGGAGCAGUGUAUAACUUCUCUCUUAUAACUUCAUUACUCACAAAGAUUCAUACUACAACAGCGCCACCUCUUGGCGUCUUUGUAGGCGCGAGUAAAGGCGAACCAUACGGAAUUAUCAUUCCUACAACAUCUGGCGUAGAAUUCGUCAGACUAAACAACCAAUCUCCAGCUCCUCUUAAUAUUGAAGUCGGUCGUAACUUCGCAUUUGAUCCUUAUACAUCAACUUUAUUCUCAAUCAUCGAUAAGCGCUCAGUUAAGGUAUUCCGUGUUGCUUUGACAAGAGUAGAAUGCAUUGGCGAGUGCAGUUUCUCAGCAGUUGCCUUUGGUGAGUCAAAAGGAACAAAUUAUAAUUUACAGCAGAUCGCUCCAUGCUUCUUACCUUAUUCUCCACCAAACAAACCGCUUUUCUACGCUCUCUGCGAUCAGAACGCAUUAUUCAUUUGCGGCGUUUCAAAGCCUUUGAUGCGUAUUGAGAAUUUCCCACCUCCACAGAUUCGUAAACUUAACGGCUCCUUCAUGGCCGCACAUCCAACAAAUAGCUCGAACAUUAUCAUCGCUUACGAUAACAAUCUUUUGAUUGUCGAUAUUUCAGCGCAUCUUCCAACAGUUGUUCCAUCAUUACCAAUUCCAAAGGCACUUCGCUCUCAAUUGCAAUACGACGGAGGCCUUUUCAACGUCAUCCGCCGUGGAGAUUUAACAAUUGUUGUCGAAAGAUGCUCAAAAGAGUACCAUGUCUACGAUAACUCCCUUCUAAAGAAGGAGAUACAGAAAGGCAAAGCAUACGAUAUCGUUCCUGGACCAGGAAAGAACUUCGCAGUUUUAAAUAUUUCACCAGAAAAGAAGAAUACAGCUUCUAUCUCAAUAUACAGCGAACCAAAAAAGCCACAAGAUAUUACAGUACAAGUUCCAGAUGGUUACAGCUCUAUCCAGCGCUUAAUUUCCUUUGGAGAUUAUUUAGCUGUUAUUUGCUCCGAAAACGAGACAGAUUUAUCUCGCAAUCCACAAAAACGUCCGAAAUCAACAGCUCUUGCAUGGCGUUGGACCACAAAAGAGCCAGUUCCACUUGAAAUUUUCGGAACUUCAAUGGCAUGCGCUGGAGAUGGCUACGUAGCUGCUGGAUCACCUAAUAUGUACGCACUCUACAAGGUAGAAGACGGAAAACUUCACUACCUCGCUACAAGAAACAUAGCCCCAAUUUCAAUGAGAUUUUACAAAGGUUCACUUUUCGUAAUUUCUAAUGAAGGACUUUACAUCGACGAUAUGAAAAGUGCCAUCUUAGUGGCUGUACGCUAUUCCCAUCUUACAUCAGCCGAUAAGAAGGGCACACGUAUACCAAUACGCGCAUCAUGCAUCAUGAAGAUAGAAGACAAGAGCAUUACUCUUUGCGACAACAACGGAAUCGAAUCUGUUAUGGGAAUGCCGGAAAGAGUCGAAGUUCCCAUCAAAAUCAACUUGAUCGACAAGCUUGCUGCUGCAAGCGAUGCAUUGGAAAAGAUGAAAGAGGCUUUUCCGAAGGCAUCUGAGGAAGAUAAGAGACAUAUCUUGCUUCUUAUGCUUAGAAAUGUCGAUUGGUCUGUUGUAGAAGAGUACUUGACAGUGUCAGAGAAAGCAGGUACUGAAAUGGUACUUCAGAAUGGAACUGAAAAUAUAGAAAAAUUCAAAGCGAUGCUCAGCGAAGAAUUGGAGCUUGAUAUGUAA